UCAGAUUUUCGGAGGGUCUUCUCUUCUAAGUUCUGUGCUACCAGUUGCUCGUCUUCGCUGUAGGGUUGCACUUUCAGCAGCAGCAGAUAAACGCCACUUUCUUUUCUCGCUCUACCCAACUUUCUGCAACAAUGGGCGCUUCUCUUCCUCCCAAAGAGGCUAACCUCUUCAAGCUCAUUGUUAAAUCAUAUGAAACAAAGCAGUAUAAGAAGGGUUUGAAGGCAGCAGAUGCCAUAUUGAAGAAGUUUCCAAACCAUGGAGAAACCUUAUCAAUGAAGGGUUUGACAUUGAACUGCAUGGACCGCAAAGCAGAAGCUUAUGAACUUGUACGGCUUGGACUGAAGAAUGAUCUCAAAAGUCAUGUUUGCUGGCAUGUUUAUGGUCUCCUAUAUCGGUCAGACAGAGAAUACAGAGAGGCAAUUAAGUGCUACAGAAAUGCUUUACGGAUUGAUCCAGACAACAUUGAAAUUCUAAGGGACUUAUCACUCUUACAGGCUCAAAUGCGUGAUUUGAUGGGUUUCGUUGAAACCAGACAACAAUUGCUGACUCUGAAGCCAAACCAUCGUAUGAACUGGAUUGGUUUUGCAGUUGCUCAUCACCUAAAUUCUAAUGCUUCAAAAGCAGUUGACAUACUUGAAGCGUAUGAAGGGACCGUUGAGGAUGAUUAUCCUCCAGAUGGUGAACGUUGUGAGCAUGGAGAAAUGCUAUUGUAUAAGAUUUCACUGUUGGAGGAAUGUAAUUAUCUUGCGAAAGCUCUGGAAGAGUUGAAGAAGAACGAGUCUAAAAUUGUUGAUAAACUAUCAUACAAGGAACACCAAGUUUCUCUUCUUGUUAAGCUAGAUCACAGAGAAGAAGCUGAAAAGUUAUAUAUGACGCUGCUGUCCAUGAAUCCUGACAAUUACAGAUAUUAUGAAGGUCUACAGAAGAGUGUUGGUUUGUAUUCAGAAAAUUCUCAGUAUCAAGCCAGUGAAGUUGAACAGCUAGAAUCCUUGUACAAAUCGCUUGAGCGGCAAUAUACACGGUCAUCUGCUGUUAAGAGAAUACCGCUUGAUUUUUUGUUGGGAAAAAAGUUUCGGGACGCGGCAGAUAGUUAUGUGAGGCCCCUCCUGACAAAGGGCGUUCCCUCGUUGUUUUCUGAUCUCUCUCCUCUGUAUGAUCAACCUGGCAAGGCAGAUAUACUGGAGCAAUUGAUGCUUGAGCUGGAGAAUUCAAUCAGGACCACGGGUGGAUUUCCUGGGAGGAUGGAGAAUGAGCCUCCUUCUACACUUCUCUGGACUUUGUUCUAUUUAGCUCAGCAUUAUGACAGGCGUGGCCAAUAUGAUCUUGCACUCAGAAAGAUCGAUGAAUCCAUUGAACACACACCUACAGUGAUUGAUUUGUAUUCCGUCAAGAGUCGAAUAUUAAAGCAUGCUGGUGAUUUGGUGGCUGCGUCGGCAUUGGCAGAUGAAGCAAGAUGCAUGGAUCUUGCAGAUCGCUAUGUAAACAGUGAAUGUGUUAAACGCAUGCUUCAGGCUGAUCAGGUUACAAUGGCUGAGAAGACAGCUAUCUUGUUCACAAAAGAUGGAGAACAACAUAAUAGUCUUUAUGAUAUGCAAUGCAUGUGGUAUGAACUUGCCUCUGGAGAUAGUUACUUCCGGCAAAAGGAUUUGGGACGAGCUUUGAAGAAAUAUUUGGCUGUGGAGAAGCAUUAUGCAGAUAUAAAUGAAGAUCAAUUUGAUUUCCAUUCGUACUGCUUGAGAAAGAUGACUCUAAGAACAUAUGUAGAAAUGCUGAAAUUUCAAGAUAGGCUCCACUCUUAUGCUUAUUUCAGGAAAGCAGCUAUUGGAGCUAUCAGGUGCUAUAUACAGCUGUAUGAUUUUCCAUCAAAAUCAACUUCUGAAGAAGAAGAUGAAAUGUCUAAGCUGUCUCCUUCUCAGAAGAAGAAAUUGAAGCAAAAGCAGAAGAAGGCAGAAUCUCGAGCUAAGAAAGAGACAGAAGCCAAAAGUGAAGAGUCAAAUGUGAUUGCUGCAUCAAAAUCUGGAAAGCGAAAUGUGAAGCCGAUAGAUCUGGAUCCAAACGGUGAAAAGCUGCUGCAGGUUGAAGAUCCAUUGCUGGAAGCUACAAAGUACUUGAAGUUACUCCAGAAGCACUCACCUGACUGCUUACAGACUCAUGUAUUGUCGUUUGAAUUAAAUAUACGAAAACAAAAGAUCUUGCUUUCAUAUCAGGCUGUUAAACAGCUUCAACGAUUGGAUGCUGAUAACCCAGACUCCCAUCGCUGCUUGAUAAGAUUUUUCCACAAGAUGGAAUCUCUACCUGUUCCAGUGGCCGACUCCGACAAACUUAUUUGGGCUGUCUUAGAAGCAGAGCGUCCUGGUUUCAGUCAGCUACAUGAAAAAUCUCUAAUUGAGGCAAAUUCAAAUUUCCUUGAGAAGCAUAAAGAUUCCUUGAUGCAUAGAGUUGCUGUAGCAGAAAUGCUCUACCUUUUGGAUCCAAGCAAGAAGGAGGAUGCAAUUAGACUUAUACAAGAUUCUUCUAACAACCUACUCUCAACAAAUCUGGCACUCGCGUCGGUUGAAGAAUGGAAACUCAAAGACUGUAUUGCAGUUCACCAAUUGCUAGGGGAUACAUUCAAUGAUUCUGAUGCUGCACUUCGAUGGAAGGGUCGAUGUGCUGAUUACUUCUUAUAUUCAACAUACUUUGAGGGUACCCGGAGCUCUGCCAUUUCCAACUCAACUUACAAUCAUAUUAGCCUAAACGGUCCCAUUGAUGCUGCUCACAAUGUCGGGUCUGCUUCUUCAAAUGGAAACAUAUGCACAACAGAGAAGUUGAAGGAACUUGUUGUUUAAGACCGGUUGCCAUGGCUGAGUAUGGAAAGUUUUUCAAUCUAUCUUGCGUUUGCUGGAUCGAAUUUUGAAGACCAGAUUGAGGUUUUCUUCAUAUGAUGACAAAGAUUCAACUGUUUGUUGCUUUGAGAACAAGAUUUCAUUAUGGACAAUCUCAACCUCAUCCAUAAUUUAUUACAAAUGUGUAUAAUUUACAAAGGGUAUUAGUUGUGAGGCAUUCAUUCACACAAUUGUCUUGUUUCUUGGUUGGGAAAUAUACCAAUUAAGCACGGCAUGGCUUUACCCAGAUUAUGUUGUACACAGUUUGUCUUGUUUCCUUUUGGUUUAUGUAAAAUGGUUAUUUUGAAAUUUUGGGAACUGAAAUUUUAGGCUGUGCUGAACCAUUAAGAUCAAUAUUAUUUUUAUCUUCUUCUU